GAAUGAAUUUAUGAAUAAAUUUUUAUCCUGAAUACAAAAGAAUUUCAAACAUAUGUUGCAAGCCUGACCAGCUGUUUUAUACAGCACAAAAAAAAAUUGCUGUUAUGGAAACAUAAAAAAUAACACAAAAAAAGUAUAGGAGUCGCCGGUUGUUUAAUGUUUUGUGAUGUGAAAUUUUUAUUCGUAAAAAAUGAAAAAAUAACAUUGUGACUUAACAUGUGAACUAAGCCUGACUGAAUAGUAAAUUGAAAACAUUUGUAGAACAACCUGAGAGACAAAAACAUUUCAAUUUCAAGCAUCAAGACAGAAAAAAAGGAUCAUAGUCAGCAUUUGUGAAAAAAAAUUCAUCUCAAUUUAAAUUCUGGAUGUUUUUUUGUUGUCAGCUUGCUUGUUGUUUUUAUCGAGAAUACAAGAUAUUGAUAUUGAAAGUCAGAAUGGAAGUAAAGAAUUCAGACGAUUUUGAAUUCAAGUACAUACCAAAGUCAUCAUUUGAACGAGUCAUUCGUCGAAUUGAAGACAAUAAGAAGUCAACAAAUAAGGAUGGAAUGUGGGGAAACUUCUACUCAGUCUCAUCGGAACAUGACAAUUCAGAGAAAGUUAAGGCAUGUUAUGAUAUAGAACCGCGUCAAAGGGAUAUGCGAUUCAAUGAUGUCUAUAAUGUACUUAAAUCUGAUAAGCCAAUGCUGCCAUCAGAAGCUGCUCCUUUGUUCGGACCUUCAAAGAAGUUGAAUGAUGUGAAUAGGGAGAAGUAUGAUAAUCAGCCAUCGAUUCGCAACCAGACAACCCAACAAGUAAUUUCAACAAAAUUCAAGCAUCUUCAGCGCAAUAAAAGUGAAGAAAACUCAUCGAAUCCAAGUAUUCACAUCGUUGAAGUUGUGAAUGUUGCUGACGUUCGAGCAUCUGAUAGAAGUAGUAAAAUUCAAGUAACUGAGCAAAUUACACCUAACGACAAUGUCAAUGAUGAGAAAAGUGGCAUCAUUGAAUGCUCAUCUGAUAAUGACGAGACUCUCUAUUCAGAAAUUCUCGACUUUUGCAAUGAAAUUGAAUUUUUAAAUGAGAACGAUGGCAGCAGCGUGAGUCAUCAUGGAAAUGAGAUGAAGAAAAAAUGCUCGAGUGCCAAGUCGGAUGGGGUAGAGACAGAAAAUAAGAAAGCUAAAAAUAUCUCCGAGAAGCUCAUUUGUGAGCCAUUGAAGACAACUUAUAUUGAUGAUGAGCUUGAUUUUCUCGAUGAUGAUGAUGAGGUGGUGAGGGAAUUUGUGGAACGACAGAAGAGGGGAGGCAGUGGAUUGAGGACUGAAUAUUGCGACUUGAGACCUGAAACUCCAUUUGAUUAUCCAGCGUUGAACAAUGACAAGAUUAAGACAGCAGCCCGGAAGGAGAAUCAUCAUAGUCAAGUGCUAAAAACUACACAUCCUCAAAAGAAACCUGAAAGAAUCCAAAAAGGACAAAAACGUCCUGAACAAUCAAGGCAUCAUGCAAGAUCAAAGAGCCAAGAGGAAUUAAUCAGGCAACGAUCGAAGUUGCCAACAGCUGAAGAAUGUCGACCAACUUCUAAAGAAUCAACAAUGUCACUCGAAAAUCUAGCCACACAAGUUGUCAAGAAAGUCAGCGACUAUCAAGACAGAAUUUGUAAAUAUUUGAGUCGUAUUUAUGACAUAAUUUGCGAGCCACACGAGUCUGAUGAUAUUCAUGAUUUCAAAACACGACAACGACGUUCUGUUGAAUUCACAAAUCUCUUUGUCAGAAAUCAUCUUUAUCAGAUUGGACGUUUGGCCGAAAAUAUUCGAGUAAUGAACGGUAAUCCAAUAGAUAUCGUAACAAAAGUCAAUUCCCUCUUCCAUCUCAUCCUGCAAGGCGUACAAUCGUAUCUCAAGAAUCUCGAAGGUUUUAUAUACAACAACAGUCCCGACAAAUUGCUUGUUCUCACUGAAUAUAUCGUUAAUGCAAUAAAAGUAUGUUUUGAACGUCAAGCAUGCAGCAUUAGGGACAAUGGAAUUAUGGAAAUAUUAGGAGUUAUCGAUAAUAUUCGAUACUGCUUAAAGAAUUGUGAUAAACGUGGCAAUUUGCUUCCAGAAUUUUAUGAAGAAAUGGAAUAUAAGAAGCAACAGAAUGAGAUGCAAAUUGGAGAUUUUGAGGGGCAACUUGAUGAGAAGCAGCACAAUUUUGAAUAUUCACACUCAUUUGUGGAUGAACAAGGUGAUGGUCAUAAAAAUCAAAGACUAAAGUCUAGUUCGGAUCAUCAUGGAAUAUUAAAGGAGUCAAGAGUUAAUUCUAGGUUUAAAAAUGAGUCAGUUCCUUCAGAAAAAUUCAGAACUUUCAAUAAUGAAAAUCAGCACAAAAAGUUGAGGACAUUUAAAGAUAACAGUCUUAACGACUAUCAAUUCCCAACUGAUAAAAUUUGGAACAAUGAAGCAGAACAAAUGAUGAUAAGAUCACGUGGAAGUUCUGACCAGCCAAGCCAAAUGAAAGUCAUUCAAAAACGUCCAGCAAUUAAUAGAAAGUCUAAGAGUGUAUCUCGUAACAAUAUAAAUGGAUAUGCAGCAAAAAGUCCUUAUGACAUGCCAAGUAAUCCUUAUGGCAUUCCAAAAAUGAGGACAAAACCAAAAGCUGGUGUGAAUCGAUCAAACUUAAUUUCAAGUAAGAGCAAUGCUCAUGGAUCUCGACUCAAUUCAUCGAAAAGCUCAGUACAUAAUGGAUUGCAUCAUGAUCGUCGUAUGUCUAAUGGUAGUUCAGGCUUGCAUCCUACAAAAAGUAGAGUUCAUGGAUUGGCUAACAACUCAAACCUUCAAUCAGCAAAAAGCACAGUUUAUGAAAUCAAGAAGUCCUCAUCUGAUGUCAGCACUGUCUUGCAAAAGGAAAUGGAAAAGGGUCGACUUAGUGCUAUUGACGAAGAAGACAAUGACUUUGAUCAGCAAUCAGAAUGUGGUUCCAAAAAGUCAUCAAAGCUUGAGUCGGAGAAAAAGUUAAAAGUUGAUUUCGAGGACCAUUCAAGAUGCAGCUCUAGAAAUUCAAUGAAAAGUGACAAAAGUUUGCAAAAGGAUUGCUUAAAGUCGCAAAACGAUGACCGAAAAAUCGAUAGCACCAAGCCUGAAAUUAACAAUUUACUCUCAAAAUUCAUUGAUAUGUUCCAAAACCCCAACGACCCCGACGAGCUCAUGAGACUUAUACAAAAUAUGACAAAAGAAAAGUUCGAGUCAGUGAUGAAUCCAUUGAUUUUACAGCCAGCGCCAAGUAAAGAUGCCAAAACUGAGGACAUAAAGAAAUCCGUUCGUCGUGUAAAAGCGGAUGUUGAGCCAUUAAAGAAGCAAGUAAGUGCCAAUAAACAACAUUCGAUGGUUGAGCGUUUAGCACCAAAUGUCCAGUACAUGUUUGUUAAAAAUGACAAAGACGAUGAUAGCGAUGAAGAAGAAGUGGAAAUGCCAAAGGCUAUAGAGUCGACAGCAUCACCGAAACCUUCGUCAAUGACAAAAAAGUCUGAAGAUAAAAAAUUAUUAAAGAGUGACAGCAGUGAAGUAAGUGAAGACAUUGAUGAUGGCAUGGACUUUAGUAAGUUUACACAGGAUGAAUUGAGAGAAAUGGCAAUUAAGGAACGUCUAAGACGUCAUGAAAGAAUCCAAAAUCAUCCUCUUUACUUUAAUGAACAAAUUGCCGAGCCGUGGACACUCUUUGGUCAAAUCUCUGAUCAAAUUCUUGACGAAUUACUUGAAAAAGCCAUUAAGGACUUAUUGACGGGAUCUGAUGUCACUGAAAAGGAACUUAUGGAGAAAUUUAUUAAAUCGGAGUUGACAUGUUGAUUUAAGCGUGGUUAUGGAGUAUUUUUUCCGUUGUUGAGUAUUGAAGCAGCAUGUUCUGUAGUUAAAUUUUGAUUAUGCUUAAUUUUCAGUCGUGGAAAAUGGCAAUAAAAUUAUUUUUG